AUGGCACUAUUUGGGGAUCUAGAGCUGAGACAAUACGGGGUCUCGGCUAUAUCCGGCUUUCUCCCAGAGACAAAGCCCUUGGGGAAACUUGCAGAUCCUUUGUAUAGUCCUUGGGAAAGUAUCGUGAAUGGCCUGCCACAGCUUAUCAAAACCAACACUCUCAGUGAUGCAGUCGACAAUCUUCCGGUACUCUCAACAGCAAAACUUCGAACAGAGGAUGAAUGGCGUAGGGCAUAUCUUGUUCUUGGCUUCCUCUCUCAGGGAUAUAUUUGGAGUGGCAACGAGCCGCGAAAGAAACUACCUCUAUCAAUCACCUCCCCUCUCCGAAGCGUCUCCUCACACUUCAAAAUAAUUCCUUGCGCAACCUUCGCUACCUACUGCCUCUGGAACACAACCCUCGGAGAUGAGGAAGACCGCACAAACCCCUCAUCCUACUCCGCCCAAAUUACAUUUACAGGCUCACAUGAAGAAGAAUGGUUCUACACGACCUCCGUCGCAAUAGAAGCCCAAGGCGCCCCGCUCAUCCCCCUGGCGCUCUCUGCCGUUGACGCCACAACGAUUUGUGACAGAAAGACAGUUACAUCUUUCCUCGAGGCAUUUUCUACGUGCAUGGAUCGGAUAUGCGAGAUCCUGGCACGGCUCGACGAGAGACUCUCUGCAGAUUUCUUCUAUCAUAAGCUUCGGCCCUUCUUAAGGGGCAGCAAGAAUAUGGCUGGUGCCGGGCUACCGGAGGGGGUGCUUUAUUCGAACUGUCGAUGUGGGGAGGGCGAGUGGGUGCAGUUCUGUGGGGGGAGUAAUGCGCAGAGUUCGCUGAUUCAGUUUUUCGAUAUUGUGUUGGGGACUAAGCAGGAUUGUGGAAGAAUGAUUUCUCAGGAUAUGAGAGACUACAUGCCCGGCACCCACAGAGCUUUCCUCUCACUCAUGAUGGAGAUAUCGAACAUCAGGGACUACGUACUAAGCCACUGUCCCAAUUCUGCCGUCUACAGGGCGUAUAGCAAAGCCGUGACAAAGCUUGGCGCUUUCAGGGACGCGCAUAUCCGCGUUGUGGCAAGAUAUAUCUUAAUCCCGAUGAGAAAAGGGAUUCCCAUGCCAAUAUCAGCAGUACCCGGACUCGACCGUCACAUGAAGGUAAAACUCACGGGAACCGGUGGUACUGAUUUCAUGCAAUUUCUUCGGGCGUCGAGAGAUACGACGAAGUCUGCUUGUUGUGGGACGGCCCAGCGGCCUUGUUCAGGGGUUAAGGACGUAAUAUUGACGAAGAAGGACCUUGUUGCUGUCAGCAAGACUACGGCGAUAAACGAGGGCGAAGACAAAGGUAGCCAUUGA